AUGAAAGAAAAGGUGAAUAAGAUGAUAAGUCAUGGCAUUAACUGUUUUGUUAACAGACAAUUGAUAUACAAUUUUCUAGAAGAGCUCUUUGCUGAUGCUGGAACAUUGGCUAUUGAACAUGUUGAUUUUGAUGGUAUUGAGCGAUUGGCUCUGGGUCUGACAUGCAUUCUUUUGUCUAAUAUCUUACGCAUGAAUGUUCUGGAUUGUGAAGAUAAAUUCAGCCUUUUCAAUACAGAUGCGCCGUUCGCACCUCAUCCCCACCUUCUCAUCGCGGCGACUUCACCGCCUACUUCACUUCCGAUCCCACUCCUCCUCUCAUUUUUAACAACUCUCAGGAGUCACAUAAGUUCUAAUCAAAAUCCGAAAACCCUUCACCGCCACUGCAAUUCUGCUUCAUUCUCGUUUCUACUCCGAUCUUCCAUUUCUUCUUCACCAUCUCUCCUCCUUCUAUUUCGAGUUCCCACAAUGGCGAUCGAUAGAAUCUUCAAAGAUGAAGCAAGUGAAGAGAAAGGAGAACGCGCACGAAUGUCUUCUUUUGUUGGUGCCAUGGCUAUUGCUGAUUUGGUUAAGACUACGUUAGGGCCGAAGGGAAUGGAUAAGAUUUUGCAGUCGACUGGUAGAGGUCGUGAAGUAACUGUUACUAACGACGGUGCUACGAUCUUGAAAUCGCUUCACAUUGAUAACCCAGCUGCUAAAGUUCUUGUUGAUAUUUCAAAAGUUCAAGAUGAUGAAGUUGGCGAUGGAACAACCUCGGUUGUUGUUUUGGCUGGGGAACUUUUGAGGGAGGCGGAAAAGCUGGUUGCAGCUAAAAUUCAUCCAAUGACUAUAAUAGCAGGUUUCCGAAUGGCGGCUGAGUGUGCUCGUGAUACAUUGGUUGCAAAGGUUGUGGACAACAAAGACGAUGCUGAGAAAUUCAGGUCAGACUUAAUGAACAUUGCAAGGACUACUUUGAGCUCCAAAAUUCUAUCACAAGACAAGGAGCAUUUUGCUAAGUUAGCCGUAGAUGCUGUAAUGAGACUAAAGGGAAGCACAAAUCUAGAAUCUAUCCAGAUUAUAAAGAAGCCUGGAGGAUCACUUAUAGACUCAUUUUUAGAUGAAGGAUUUAUUCUUGACAAGAAAAUUGGUAUUGGACAACCCAAGCACAUAGAGAAUGCCAAAAUACUAGUUGCAAACACUGCAAUGGACACAGACAAGGUGAAAAUUUACGGAGCCCGUGUUCGUGUCGACUCUAUGGCUAAAGUUGCUGAGAUUGAAGGAGCUGAGAAAGAGAAAAUGAAAGAAAAGGUGAACAAAAUAAUAAGUCAUGGCAUCAACUGUUUUGUUAACAGACAGUUGAUAUACAAUUUUCCAGAGGAGCUCUUUGCUGAUGCUGGAAUAUUGGCUAUUGAGCAUGCUGAUUUUGAUGGUAUUGAGCGACUGGCUCUGGUAACUGGUGGUGAUAUUGCUUCAACCUUUGACAACCCUGAGUCUGUUAAGCUUGGGCAUUGUGACCUCAUUGAAGAGAUUAUGAUUGGCGAGGAUAAAUUGAUUAAGUUUUCUGGUGUUGCAAUGGGGCAGGCAUGCACAAUAGUCCUGAGAGGUGCCAGCCACCACGUUCUUGAUGAAGCUGAGAGAUCAUUGCAUGAUGCCUUGUGUGUGCUAUCUCAGACUGUCAAUGAUAGCAGGGUUUUGCUUGGAGGUGGCUGGCCUGAAAUGGUGAUGGCAAAGGAAGUGGAUGCGUUGGCUAGGAAAACUCCUGGAAAAAAGUCUCUUGCAAUGGAGGCAUUCUCCCGAGCACUCUUGGCUAUCCCAACAACCAUUGCUGAUAAUGCUGGUUUGGACAGUGCUGAGUUGAUAUCUCAGCUCCGUGCAGAGCACCAGAAUGAGGAAUGUAAUUCUGGAAUUGAUGUCAUCUCUGGAUCUGUUGGAAACAUGUCUGAAAGGGGGAUUUGUGAAGCAUUCAAAGUCAAGCAAGCUGUAUUGCUAUCUGCAACAGAGGCAGCUGAGAUGAUCCUUAGAGUUGAUGAAAUCAUAACUUGUGCUCCAAGGAGGAGAGAAGACAGAAUGUAA